CAACAACAAAGACGGACAGGAGCGGAGCUGGAGCCGCGUUUUCACACCAACUUUCCGUUCAAAGCGAUCCAACUGUCUCCUCCCUCCCUCGCGCACGAAUUGCAUUUCACCUGUUAACGCGAUACAUUCGACCAUGAGCUGUCAUUUUCCUGGAGGUGAUAAGAGGAGAUUGGAUGAAAUUGAAAAAGAAAGUGCGCAAAGAUACCGGAACAGAGACGUUGGGGACUUAAAUACCGCACGGGGACUUCUGGAAGAACUAUUGUAAUUGUUUUCUUUCGUCAGAUAAUCCCGACACAGAAACUAACCAUCGCUUCUUCACAGCGAGAAGCCAUAUAAUUCUGUGUACUUUUGACUCUUUUAGCGAUUAUUUUUCAAACUGAGUACAAGAGACUCGGAUAUACGAGUGUUUCAUUCCUCUGGUCGCACAAAAACUUAAAUCGGAUUUGCGGUACAGCAAAAGCUUCUGUCAGGUUUUGUGCCUCUGUUGCGUAACGCUUUCUCGGAAAGGCACUCCGCUUGGCAGUGGAGGCCGUGAAACCACAGCAUCUUGCCUGCUCUCCAGUAUGCCCCAGCACAAUAUGGACACAGGCAGGAGCCAAUGGGAGAGGAGCAGGCGGCCACCCUGGGCGAACAGGAUCGCGGGGGGGCGAAGCCCCGCCUCUUCGGGGGCGGAGUCGGACACGGAGAGCAGCAGCACGGAGAGCGAGAGGUCCCACAGCAGACGCUCAGAGGCAGGGUCAGCGAGGCUCCUGGCCUCGCCCCCCCUGCUGCAGCAGCGAAUCACAGAGCUCGAUCAGCAGAGGGAGGAGCUGAAGAUCGAACUGCAGCUGGAGCUAGCCCUGUUGCAGGGGGAGCUGCGGAUGGAGCGGGAGCAGCUGCGCAGACACACGCAGACGCUGCAGAGUCUGCAGGACGACGCCCGGCAGAGGGAGGCUCGUCGGCUGGCCGAUAUCCAACAGGAGCGAGCCGGCCUGGAGGAGGAGCGCGCGCGGGUGGAGGAGCAGAGGAGGUGCUGCGGGGAGCGGGAGCGACAGGCCCCCGCGCUGCCGGAGAGCCAGCGGGAGCAGCUGCUGAUCCAGCUGCAGCAGGAGAAGGAUGCGAUGGACGCUGCAGUUCGGGCGUUCGAGGAUCGGGAAUUCCAGUUCCUGGAGCGGGAGAGCAGGAUGGAUGAUGCGGAAGAGGAAGAGAGCAAAGGAAACACGGAGAGGGAGAUAUCCCGCCAGCAGCACUCCGUCAACUCCGCACAGGAACGAGUGCAGCUGCUGGAGAAACAGGUGAAGGAGAUGGAGAGGGAGAAGGAGAGAGAGAUGAGCGCCCUCCGACAGGAACGGAGGGAGCUCCUCCAGACCUCACACAGGGUACUGAAGGAGAAAAAACCGCUCUCUGAUUGGUCCAACAUCACCGGAUCCGUCCCCUGCAUGAUGUCCCUGUCUCCGCUGACCAUUCACAAAGCAGGACAGGAAACCGCCAAGGACCCAACCAGUUUGCCCAGAAGGCGGAGUUCCCACCGUGGCAAGCUCGCAGACCGACCCCUCUCAGAACAAGGGCUGGUGAGAAUGCCACCGGAUGGCCAGUUCCCAGAGAUGCUGCCUGUGCCCCUCCCCCUGUCUGACCACCCACACGGUAACCACAGCAACGGGCACAACAACGGGCAGGGACUGCUCACGCCCUGCGACAGCACCAGCAGCUCCCGAGCCCCAAGCCCCUGCCUGGGCCUGCCUGACCUGAUGGAAAUCGAGAGGAAACUGAGGGAGGCGAAGGCAGAGAGAGAGAGACUGCUGAGAGAUAGGGAGGAGCGGAGAAGGGUUGCGGCCGAGGAGAGGAGGAGGAGGGAGCAGGAUUCACUCAUGGAGGAGCCAACGGAACAACCGCCCAUGGCCACAGAACCAGAACCAGGACCAGAACCAGGACCAGAAAUAGAACCGGAACACAGUCCAGUCCAUUGCAGUUCAGAGCCGUCUCUCCCACUCUCCCUCUCUGCGAACUUUGACCUGCGGGCGCAUGUGGAGUCCCUGGGCCACGGCGUGGCGGGGUGCUUGGGGGUGCGUCUGUCUCCACGGCGAUGUGGGGGCUUCCUGACCAAGCGAGGAGGACGUGUGAAGACCUGGAGGCGGAGGUGGUUCCUGUUCGACCUGGACCACCGGAGACUGGCCUACUACACUGAUCAAGAUGAGAGGAAGUUGAAAGGAGUCAUCUACUUCCAGGCCAUAGAGGAAGUGUACUACGAUCACCUGCGCACAGCCACCUCUUCUCCCCGCCCCAGUCUGACGUUCUGCUUGAAGACGUACGAGCGUCUCUUCUUCCUGGUGGCGCCGAGUGCAGAGGCCAUGAGGAUCUGGAUGGACGUCAUCGUCACGGCGACGGACGAGCACUGCCGCUACUGACGCCCCCGCUGCGCCCCAACGCGCCCGAAACGAGUCCGCCCGCCUCCAGCAGGGGGCCCCAGCGGAGCCAGUCCAGGCCGGAGCUCUUCCAGCCCUGCCUUCGCCGAAAGGAGCCGCCCUUUCACCUCCUCAGACCUCCAGCAGCCCUGGCUGGAGAGUGCAGAACCAGUAUUACGGGCCGGACCCGGCGGCGUGGGGAAACGCAGAACCGGGCCAGGGGUGAAACGGGAAGUGCGACCCGUUAGCAGACUGGACUGAAAAUAGCUACCCAGGCCUACAUACAGACAGGAAGCAGCAGAACAGAACAUGAAGGGUUUAUUUCUCUUCCUAUGUUUUACCUCCAUCUUGUGGACACACAGUACAUGUAUGUCAUGCAGAAAGGUGUGCACUCAUUUAGAUCUAUUUUUCACUCAAGGUCAAAAGGGCUUUUUCAAAUGUAUUAAAUACAGGCUUUAAUGAUGGAUAUGAACGCCAUUUUUAAAUAGGGGAUUAUUACUGUAUUAUUAUAAUUAUUUUUAUUAUUAUUAUUAUUAUUACUUCUGUGUGAGGCAAUUGCAGUUGGGUGAAAAAUGGCUUCCUAGUGUACUUGGGAUUUUUGUUUACAUUUUUCUUUCAGGCUCUGUUUCUUGCUCCCCUCUUCAUUCUCAGCAGGAUUGAAAGAUUAGUGGCUGCCAUGCCUCACCACGGCAGCAGGGGACAGUGUUCAAGCCCGCUGUCAGUCUGGACAGCCUAUCUCUGACGAGCCUAAGACCGCAGACACUCUGUCUGAGCAGGGCUGACUGGACCCUCUUGCUUACCAUUAAUAAGCUCUGUUGGAAAUGCAAAAGAAGCUUUUUUUUUGUGUCCGUGAUGUGCCAUACAUUUAACAUGAAUAAAUAAAAGUGUCCUUUUACUAA